AUGGAUAUAAUCAGUAGUUUGCCAAAUGUGGUUCUCUGUCACGUUUUGUCAUUUCUUCCAACGAAGAAAGCUGUGGCAACCAGCAUUUUGUCUCGAAGAUGGAGAUACGGCAGGAUUUCUGUACCCAAUUUAGAUUUUGAAGAUUUUCAAAAAGUUGAGGAGCUUAAUCUACAAUGCUAUCAUUAUAAUCAGCUGCCCAAAUGCUUUUUAGUUGUGAGACGAGGACUUGGACUUGGCCUUAAGAUUCUUGAGUCUAUUUUCCUUCCAAACCUUAGGUCUCUUGGUCUUGACGAUCUUAAUUAUUUUGAUAGUGAUUGUAUAGAGAAGAUCAUUUCUUUCUCUCCAGUUUUCGAAGAAUUAUCAUUUUGGUGGCAAUUGCGUGUGCAAUCGGCAUCACUAAAAAGUUUGAAAAUCUGCAAAUUUGGUGACAAUUUGGACCCCAAUGAUCAUCAUUACAUGGUUGUUAUUGAUGCUCCAAAAACCCGAACAUCUUGUGCUCACAGAUUAUGUCUCUGA